AUGGAUGAGUUACUCGCCCCUAUACAGGAUGUCAUUGAAGGCCAAAUCGACUUCCACGGCCAACGUCUAGCAGAGCUACUGUCGACCGUCUUGCUGGUUAUCUCGGGGGCCGCCAGCUUCGUCAUCGGAUACAUCUACAAGGACAUCCACCUUACAUUAUGGACUGGUUUGGCAGGCACACUGUUUACAGCUUUCGUCGUCGUCCCGCCCUGGCCGGUAUACAACCGCAACCCAGAGAAGUGGCUGGGCUCAACAAGCACGAGAGCAGCUCCAGGUAUAACUGUGGACGGGGUGAAGGUGCAAUAA